AAGCCAAUCCUGACGUGUAAUUUCAGAAGACCGUCAAACAGCUUACGGUACGUUAAUCAAAAGCUAUUCAAUAAGUGUCUUCAUCAUGUUAGUUCGAAAGAAAUAUUUGCUUGCAUUUUUCAUAGUAACGAUUUUCGUUGCUGCCAUAGUCGAUGCCAAGAUGGACGGAGACGCACCGCCAGAUUUAGUGAUGCAGAAGACAACAACCAAAGGUCUUCUCGGUUCUAUUAUAUCAUUCUUCUGGCCAUUCAUAUCUGUUGGGAUACAAUUGGUAAACAGCAUAUUGAUCCAUACUAAAAAUGAACAACUACCCUGUACUAUGUAUAAUUUAUCCAAGUUACAAUAUUCAUGUACGCCCUUCCAAGCAACAGUUAUUGAUGACAGCACCACUCUUGCUCCAACGGCUGAACCUUCAUAAUAAUUGAUUUUAUUACUUUUAUUAUUAUUAUUGUUAUUGUUAAUUAAUUAUCAUUAUUUUUAUAGUUACAAAACACAUCAAUGAUUUUUAUAGUUUAUUUAAUAUAUGUUAUUGUUAAGAAUGGAUAAUUGUUUAAUAAAAUUAUUAUUAUUAUUA